UCUUAAUGUAAAUUUACAGAAUAACCAAAUUAAAAAAUUAAAAAAUGAAACAACAUUGAAUCCUUGAAGAUUUCCUGGCGCAUUUUGUUUUUAUGAUUUUUAUUGAAAAAAAAACUUUUCCAAGAUGAAGAAACUUUUUAAGCAUCUUGCGAUUGUUAUUUUUGCGACAACUAUGUUGAUGCUCGUUGCAAUGCAAAUAUACCUAAACACUGAUAAAGAAAACAGACUUUUUCUUCAAAUACGAAAUGAUCAUUACGAAGAGCGGAAUUUUAUAAAAAAAGAUUAUAAUACAGAAAAUAAUGAUGAAAAUGAAGAUCAAGAAACGACUUCGGAAAGCAAUGAUAUUUCGGAAAGCACUGUUCAAGAUGAAAAACUAAUGGAGAAAUAUACUGAAAAACAGGAAAAAGCGAAGGAAUAUACAAGGAAAUACACCAGCACUGAAAUUCCAACAGAGGGAUAUGGCGACAAGAUUGUUGCAGAUUCUAAUGAAGAAGUGACAAUUGAGCCUGACAGCAUUGACAACGCAUCAGAGCAGAAGCCUAUCUACAGGUCAUAUGAAAGUGAACCACCAGAAACGGAAAAUCGUUCCAAAUCUCAAGAGUCGGAAUCACCCAAACGAGCUAACGCCGAAUCGAACAAACUUUCCAUUUGCCCAGAAUAUUCGAAAUUAUUGGUUGGUCCUCUUCAAGUGAACGCAUCAUACUCUCCUACCGAAGAUGAAGCUAUGAAGUCAGGCGGAACUAUGGAGAACGGUUGCUUUGAACCUACUUGGUGCGUGGCACGUCAAACUGUGGCCAUCAUUAUACCAUAUAAAGAUAGAAAAGAGCAUCUUAUUACGUUGAUGAAUCAUCUAAACCCUAUUUUACAGCGGCAAUCACUUCGAUACUGCAUUUUUGUUGCUGAGCAAUUUGAUAAUGGAGCUUUCAAUAAAGCGCGUGUGAUGAAUGCAGCUUUUCUGGAAAUUAUAAAAUUUUCAAAAAUUAAUUUUGAUUGUGUCAUUUUUCAUGAUGUAGACAUGCUUGUGGAAGAUGACAGAAAUUUACACACGUGUUCGAAGAUGCCAAAACAUCUUUCUCCGGCUAUUGACAAAUUUAACUACACUCUAAACUAUGGCACGAGAUUUGGCGGAGUCACUGCAAUAUCUGUAAAAAAUUACAUAAAAGCAAACGGACACAGCAACAAUUUUUGGGGAUGGGGUGGAGAAGAUAACGAUAUGGAAAUGAGAAUUGCUCGUAAUAAAAUGGUGAUUGUUUCAACCAAUACCACAUAUGGAAGAUACAAAAUGAUUCCUCAUGAACAUCCCUGGUGGUUUAGUCCGUUAUAUGGGAUAGGCAGCUAUCUGCAUUCGAGAAGACAUUGGAGUGUGAAAGGGAUAGAUAACAGCGGGCUUGGUGAUAUUCGUUAUUCAUUAAAAUUCUCUAGUCAACAUAAAUUGUGGACUAAAAUGACAAUUGAUAUAAGAACAAUCUUGGUAGAGAAAGCAACAGUUCGUUUUUAUGGAUAUGGAGAUGUUGGGGAUCUUGAAUUUACAAGUCCGUCACAAGAGACGGAAAAGGGAACGCAGAUGUCACCGAUUACCCCAGCUCCGAUGAACUGUUUUUAUAGAAAGUUUACCGGGAAAACAGUGAACAAGACUCUCGGAAUUCGGGAAAAAGUCAAAUACGGUCGUAUGUACAAAACCUUGGAAGAGGCUGAAAAAGUUUGUAAUGAAAUGCAAUCUUAUUGUGGAUCAAUUGUUGAACAAAUGCCUGGGCGAUAUUCACUGCGUUCUACUGCAUUUAUGCAUGAAAAGAAUCUCCACUACUUAAAGGGAAUGGUGAAGCAAGAGGAAGUCAUAGAGAAUCAUCCAACACUCUCAGUUCAUGCUAAAUCAUGCCCAGGGUCAGCCAGUUACCUCAAUUUUUUCGUUAAGCCUAUUGUAAUGGUGGGUGACGCUGAAAAAGGUCCGUCUCCCGCAUACUUUGUUGAAUUUAGAAUAAAGAUAUUCUACGACAUCAACACAACUUUGUACUAUAAUUCAGAUAUAAUGACCGCCCACAGAGCAAUCAUACAGGAAAAAGUUCAUGCAAAUAUUGAGGAAAUGGGGACAUGGGAUACACUAGGAAAUGUUUACUCUAAUCGUGUCAAACUUCUCAAUACUUCUGAUGCAGCAAGUGUAGCCAAAAUUAUGCCUAAAACGUACAAGAACAUGAAUGAGGUUGUUAAAAAUGGUGAUGGAAUAUUACACAUCAAAUCUCCAAUAACCGGAAUUCUUCGAAACCCUGGAUGUUAUGUAUGUAAAGGCAGUCUCGUGGAUGUAAAUGGGGCAGCUCUUUUGCAGUGGAAGUGGUGGUUUGAAAUAAGAGCAAAAACGAAAGAAAUCGAAGACGAAAUUUUGGUGAAGCAAUUGAAGAAAGCAAGGAAAGCGGGCGUUGAAUUCGCUGAAACUGUGAACAAGAGAAGACAAAUGUGGUUACAAUAUCAUGAAAAAUUAAAAGAAAAAGGAGGAAAUAUAAAGAGCAAGUUGCCGGACAGAGUAUUGGAAUUAGUAAGAAAGGAGUCGCUGCAACCUGAACAUUGAAGUUUUCAAUCGCUUUUGCCAAUUAUCAAAAAUGUCAUUUCUAUAACAUUAAGAAUUCGAAAACGAAUCUGUUUGUCAUGUAUUAGUUAUGGUGUAUAUUACAACGCAAUUGCGAUAAAUAGGUAUUGUCUAUCGAAACGAUAUUAUUUUAUUUAAAAAAGAAGGUAAAUUUGAAGCAUUAUAUUAAGAUUAAAGUCCAUGGUAAUUUCGGAAAAAAUGAAAUUCGAAAUAGUCAACGUAAUACCCCAAUAUAGUUAGGCCCAAACUGCUCUCAGUACAAGCUAAUUGCUUCAAAACUUUAAUUCAUUCAAAGGAAGAUAACAUACAAGCAGAGUGAGUCUAAAACCCUGUUCUAGCAAACUGACAUCAACAUGAUGUUUAAGAUUUCUCGUGAAAAUUUACAACAGGUGGCGACAACGCAUUUAUACCAUUUUCGUACUGGAUAUGCAACAACUUUUGUAGUUGUCCGUUUCUCAUUUUUGAUUUCUAUCAACAUUUUAUUUAUAUUGCAAAUUGUCAAAUUUUAUUUUUUUUCAAUAUCGUUUAAAUACAUUAAACAGUUAUGAACGCA